GGUGCGCUAGUUGGAAUUCACGACUGUCGCGAAAUUGUUAUCAAACUCGCGUAGUGAGUUUUCUAUUGAUGGAUUCCCCUCCAAUGAAACCUCCGAGAGGAGUAAAAUAUACCAAAGAAACGAGCGGCUGCGGGCUGCUCGUUUCCGUGAUCAAGACCCUCGAUGCCAGCGAAACGAACGAGCAGCGGGAGAGGGAGAAGCUCAAGAUCGAACGGGAGUUCCGGAAGACGGACACCCGGUUGAACGAGCUGGUAUCGCGGAGCGAUGGCGACCUCACGAAGGUUAUGCAACUGUUUGGCAAAGUGUCGACGGAAAUUACGGCCUCCCGGGAGCGGAUACACGUCGUGAAGGAAAACCUGCAGUCCUGCAAACAGCUGCUACGGUGUCGACGCGAGGAGCUGAAAAAGCUGUACACGGACGCCAUCCAGCAUAAGUACGUGCUGGAGAUGCUGGACCAAAUCACCGAGAUACGGAAGGUUCCGUCCCAGCUGAGCGCAUUCAUGGCCAAGAAGCACUACCUGCACGCUACCAAGCUGCUGGUGGCGUCGAUCGAAACCACGGACGGUAGGCUGAGAGGUGUCGAGGGUUUGAACGACCUGCGGCAGGACUUCCAGAACCGGCGGCAGCAGCUUUACAGUAAGCUGCUGGAGGAGCUGAACAAGCACCUGUACGUGUCGAGCACGGCCGACGUGCUGCAAAACUUCCAGCGUCAAGCGUCCGGCCGGAACAGUCAGUACGCGGCCGGUGGAGCUUCGCCGUUCCAGCGCAAUGUGUUGCGACGAUCCGCCGAACGGGUGGAGGCGAACACAAAGGCACGCAAGGCCUUGUUUGAGAUCUCCAAAAAUGGAUUUCUAGAUGUUGAUCAAAGUGAAAUUAUUGAAGAUACGGAACUGCUCGAUCCGGAUGUCAAUUCGUCUUAUUUUUUGAGUAUUAUUGUUGAAUGCUUUGCAUUGUUACAAAAAGUGCCUGAAUCGAUCGAGUCCAUUAAAGUACAAAUGCAAAGCGAACUACUGGCGAUCGUCACCAAAUCCACCCAGCACAUAAAUUCACUCGAGUACCAGCAACAGCAACAGCAGUCCCAUCAGCAGACCACCACAACCAUCGGUACAUCGAGCACGUCGUCGUCCAGUGCAGUGGCCUGUAACGGUACCCCGGGAGGUGGAGGGGCAGCCGGUGAAUCGAACCAACCGGCCCAACCGGUCCCAAUGCUCGAACUGCUCGAGCUUGUGUUCAAGCAGUUCAAACUGAUCGCCAACGCGCACCAGCAGGCGCUGCGAAACUAUGGCAACGUAAUACAACGAUACAACAUUCCGCAAGUGAAACCUUACGACAUCAUCGAGUACUGGGGGCAGGCUCAGGCAGUGCUAAAGCUCGUCCUCACCGACUACCUGGACAUACAGAACGAUAGUGGAGACGAGACGCUGCUCAUGCGCGGCCAGUUCCCCGAGCAGUCGACCAACGUGAACGCCUUCUUCAGCCGGCGUAAAACGCCCGGCAAGAAGCUGCUCUUUCGCUUCGAAAAAUCAUCACACACGGCCGAAGCCGGUGGCUCGACGGUGGACAUCGAGGCCGGUGGGCAGCAGGCGAAAGAACACCGGCGCAAUCUGUCGAACGUGUCGAACAGCACGCCAAAGGAAGAAUCGCUGCUGCUGCUGAACAGCUCGGCCGCUAGCGGAACGUCCGGGCACUUGCUGAAUAGCAGCUUCCACCAGCAGCAGCAACCGGGGCACUACUUUGGUGGCCGGGAUGGUGCAGCCGCGGCCGCUGCAGAACGUCGGAAGCGAGAGCGUGCUCUUGUCUGUCCGGCCGAUGCAUCCCUGGUGAGAAAAAUCUACCUUCCACUCAUGGGAUACAUUCAGGAAAUUGAAGACUUUAUGAAGUGUAAAUCGGGGCAACCGUGCAGUUUGAACACCUUCCUAGCGAACUACGUAAAGGAUGGUUAUCUCGCUCGGGGUCACAACCGGAACUUGCAGCUGACGAUCGAAUCGCUAUCGAAAGCUCAAGACGCAUGGCGCACGAUCAUUAGUCCCGAGGAAAUGAAACGGCUUGGGUUGUCGAGACCGUUGCUUCAAAAUACACUCAUUGUUGAGAAUCGAAUCGCCGAAACGAAGAAGCUCAUCCAAGAUCUUCCCACCUAUUCGGACGAGUUGCUUAAAAUGGUCUGCUCGCUGCUGAAGACGUACCGUGAAACGUGCCAGGCCGCCUAUCGGGGUAUCGUGCAGCCGGAAACUGAAGACAAACGCAUCUAUAGUGUCGCCUGGUUGAAGGACGACGAUAUCACACGUUUUCUGAAGUCUCUGCCUAACUGGACGGACCUGAAAUCGUCCAACGCCCGGAUGCGGCAGCUGCAGCAGAAGCGGCUGAUCAAGGCGGAACCGUCGGAGGAGGAAAGUCCCACACAGGUGCAGCAGCGUAACGUGCGGGAGGCGGAAAUGCUCACCAGCAACCUGGGCGAAGGUGGCAUCUCGCAGCAGGAGAUUCUCUCGGACGUCGGCGUGCUGAAGGAGCUGGCCAUACUGCAGGAGAGCAUGGAGUGGUUUGCCGGUCGCAUCAACGACUUCGCCCAGGAGCUGAAGAAGCCUAUCGUGAACGGCAUGGUGGCGGCUUCGCCGGUCACUACACCCGGUUCGCCCGCGCCCGCCGGUACCGCUUCGAUCGUCAACAGUCCGGUGAUCGUUAAGGAUGGCAUGAUAAAGGUGCUGAUCAAUCUGGCGCUCGAGUUCGAGGAGCUGGCGAACACGUGUUUGCUGGUGCUGCACCUGGAGGUGCGCGUCCAGUGCUUCCACUAUCUUCGCGCCAGCCCCUCCGAUCGCUACAAGUCGAACAAUCCGAACAAGAACGAUUCCCUCGAACCGGACGCGAAGGUGCUCAAGCUGACCAAGGUGCUGUCGGACAUGGACGAGGCGCUCAGUUCAACGCUCCAUCCGAGAAAGACGAAGUACGUCUUUGAAGGACUCGCUCACCUUGCCGCACGCAUUCUCAUCAUGGCGGCAAACUCGAUGGAAUACAUCGACCACUCGGGCGUGCAGCGGAUGUGCCGGAACGCACUGGCACUACAGCAAACCCUCAGCAGCAUCACGGCAUCGCGUGAGGUCGCCCUCGACUAUGCACGUUCAUUCUACGAAAUGUUCUACCUAGACCCUGAGGAAAUUCUCACCUCGAUCGUGGAAAAGGGUGCACAGUUCACGGAAAUGCAAUAUCUCAACGCGCUCCAGUUGAUCUUCCGCAACCGAGGCAUCACGGAUCCGGCCAUCGUUGGCACGUACCAGCAAAAGCUUUCCGAUCUUCUUGGCACGAAACCACCGCUAGGUGUUACGGUCUAAUGUGGAUUUGUUAUGUGGGUGAAGGAUGCAGAAGCAGCAAACUAUACUACAUGUAGCAAUUACUGUCGAUUUGAGGAUUGCGUCCCUCGGGAAAUAAAACGAUGGAUGGAGGAAAAAACUAUCAACGUGGGCGAGGGAUGACGUUUCGACAAAACUCGGUGUUCAAUUAUAGUGCUUCGUUUAUGUAGCUGUAAGCAAAAUCCGUAAGCCGCCAUUGCUAUAUAACUAUAUAGGCAAAACAUGGAUAAGCAAACUGAAUUCUCAUUCACGUCCACCGGUUCGGGCGCGCCUAAUUAAUCUAAAAAAAGCAUUACACCUUUUAGGUACGAUAAAAACCUAAACGUGGGCUAGUACGGCUCGUUGUUGCUGACAUCGUUUGAGAGCUUUUGUUAGGAAGGAAUACGCUUAAAACGCUGCACGCCUUAAGCGGCAUGGAGAAGCGCGGGAUGAAUUUAUGGAAUUACACUGGAAAGAUACUGAUAUAACGAAACACUUUGGUAGGCCAGCGGUUAGUUGUUUGUAGCUGUUUGUUAUUUAACAAAAACAAAACAUUUGAUCCUUGCUCGAAGCUAGGCUUCGAACGUAAGCGCUCCCCUGCUUCCGGGAGAUAUCGCAAAUGCAACGGGAGAGGGGUAGUGUUGACUUACAUGCUGUUAGAAAAGGAGAAGGAGAAAGAGAUAGAGAUAGAGAAUUCAACUAACAUACACCAGCAACCAACUAUACUGUAACCAGCAACUGAUAAUUAUUUAGACCGCCAGCUUGUUGGUGAUAACCUGCAUAAGCUCUUACGCUAGAUUUAAAUUGGAAAGUAUUCGAAAAUAAUCAACAACCCGUUCCCGAAAAUCUGUACUCAUUCAUGCUCGGCCAGGUUAUUUUACGAAUAACUUACCCUUUCUGUCCCCUUCCACAACCUGGUUUCGUACAUUUACGUUGGACAAUACUAACCCGGGAAAUAUCCCAUACUGUGGUGCAAUUGGGCAACGGAACACUUGGACAGUGCAACGGACUCCGAAAUGCGAGUAAUGUAAGGUGCUUGCGGAAACAGUUGAUUUACUCGUUGGAAAAUAAACCUUCCAAGAGGGGAAGGAGGAGAUGAAACAUACCCAAUGUUGCAAGAAGAAGUCGGGUGCGAACUGACCGAAUUCCGUAGGACAAAUAAAAACUAAAAACGAAAGAAUCAGAAAUGAAAAGCAAAUAAACCUAAAAUGCAA